UAUUUGAAAACAGAGCGCACUUUAAACUCUUCCAAGUUCGAAUAAGCGCAUUCGGGUAAGGAGGAAGAAAUCCAAACACCCCCAACUCCGACAGAGUACAUACUCUUGGCAGCAUCCAUAAAGUGCCUAGAACACAUCAGAAAUCGGCAACAGAGCUCCCAUGGCCAGACCUUCUUGGUUGGUUGAUGGGAACAGGAUAGCAACAAAAAUCAGAAAUGUAUCAGGUGAUCCGGGUAAUGCUUACUGGAAAAGUAACCCUUCAAGGACUUGCCCCAAAUGCCACCAUAUCAUUGACAACAGCGAUGUAACUCAGGAAUGGCCAGGAUUGCCUAGAGGUGUGAAGUUUGAUCCAACAGAUCAAGAGAUCAUCUUGCACUUACUUGCAAAAGUUGGAAAUGAUGAUCUCAAACCCCAUCCUUUUAUUGAUGAGUUCAUUCCAACAGUUGAUAAAGAUGACGGGAUAUGUUACACUCAUCCUCAAAACUUACCAGGUGUUAAGCAAGAUGGAAGCAUUACACAUUUGUUUCACAGAGCCAUCAAAGCAUAUAAUACCGGUACCCGGAAGCGCCGAAAGGUACAGGGUGUUAAUGUUGGAGAUUUUAGGUGGCACAAGACGGGUAGGACAAAACCUGUGUUCUUGGAUGGUGUACAAAGAGGGUGUAAAAAGAUAAUGGUUCUUUACAUGGCCUCGGUCAAGGGAGUGAAAGGCACCGAAAAAACAAAUUGGGUUAUGCACCAAUAUCAUCUUGGGGCACAAGAGGAUGAAAGAGAAGGGGAAUAUGUCAUAUCCAAAGUGUUUUUUCAGCAACAGCAGGUGGUGAAACAAAGUGAGAGAGCGGAACAUGAAUCUCCUGAAGAACCUGAAUCCUUGGAUGCUAUCAUGGAUCCUUAUACUCCAAAGACUGAGACUCCUGAACCUGCUCGUUUAGAAAGAAGACCAUUGAGUUCAGUUUCCGUGCUGGAGACCCCUAAUGUUGAGCAGAAGGUAAUGAAUUGCACAGAGGCUUACACAAAGAUUCCAUCUUUUAAGGAUAUCAAUCUAGAGGAAACCUCAGGGAGCCAACCUGAGAAGUUGGAGGUGCAAAAUGAGAAUGAAGUGUGGGAUAGUGAAGCAUAUAUAUUAGAUACACAACAGCUAGCAGAAGGGUUUUCCUUAGUUGACGAAUUUCUUCAGAGCCAAUCUCCAAACAGGGAUGGAGGCGAAAAUGGUUGUAAUGAGCAAAAGGGCACACCCGGGCUUUCUGAUUAUAGACACUUGGACAAAGAGACAUUUAAAAAGGAUCUUGAGCAGUGCCAAGAGUUGAUCCUUGAUGAUGGACACAUAGAGAACAGCCAAGAUUAUGUGGGCAUUGACUCUCAAGCUAUAGUUCAAGACACACCGCCUGACUUUCGGCUAAGCCAGCUUGAGUUUGGAUCUCAGGACAGUUAUGUUGCUUUUGGUGGGACUAAGAUUGAUUCUUAUGAGAAAGGAAGUGAUUAAUCAUCAUUGUAUCUUGGAAGCAUGGAAGCAAGCAGCAAGAUCUCAUCUGUCUAUUCUCCAUUUUUUGCUAACAUUCUUGUUCUUAUUUUGUACAUGUGCUCAAAGAUAUGCAUAACUGUAUUAGCACUUCAACUGCUUAUUUUGUACAUGUGCUCAAAGAUAUGCAUAACUGUGCUGGCACCUUAGUUACCCUAUUUUGUAUAGUGCCAAAACUCUUGUAAUGUGUUGCUUACUUGCUUAUCAUCCUAGAAAGUGGCAUGUUUUCA